GAACUUGUGAUGGCGGCAGCUGCUGAAGUCUACAUCCCCGAUGGUGGAUGGGGGUGGGUGAUUGUCACCUGCUCAUUCCUCAUCCACAUGUUCGUGGUGGGGACGAUGUACGCCCUCAGUGUGCUGUACGUGGCCUGGCUCGACCACUUCGACAGCGGCAAAGGGGCGACAAGCUGGAUUAUAUCUCUGGCAGUCGCCGUUAUGUUUGGCAUUGGUGAGUAGCUCUUAGGUCUGGGGCAUUGGUGAGUAGCUCUUAUGUCUGGGGCAUUGGUGAGUAUCUCUUAUGUCUGGGGCAUUGGUGAGUAGCUCUUAUGUCUGGGGCAUUGGGGAGUAGCUCUUAUGUCUGGGGUUUUGGUGAGUAGCUCUUAUGUCUGGGGCAUUGGUGAGUAGCUCUUAUGUAUGGGGCAUUGGUGAGUAGCUCUUAUGUCUGGGGUUUUGGUGAGUAGCUCUUAUGUCUGGGGCAUUGGUGAGUAGCUCUUAGGUCUGGGGCAUUGGUGAGUAGCUCUUAUGUCUGGGGCAUUGGUGAGUAGCUCUUAUGUCUGGGGCAUUGGUGAGUAGCUCUUAUGUCUGGGGCAUUGGUGAGUAGCUCUUAUGUCUGGGGCAUUGGUGAGUAGCUCUUAUGUCUGGGGCAUUGGUGAGUAGCUCUUAUGUCUGGGGCAUUGGUGAGUAGCUCUUAUGUCUGGGGCAUUGGUGAGUAGCUCUUAUGUCUGGGGCAUUGGUGAGUAGCUCUUAUGUCUGGGGCAUUGGUGAGUAGCUCUUAUGUCUGGGGCAUUGGUGAGUAGCUCUUAUGUCUGGGGCAUUGGUGAGUAGCUCUUAUGUCUGGGGCAUUGGUGAGUAGCUCUUAUGUCUGGGGCAUUGGUGAGUAGCUCUUAUGUCUGGGGCAUUGGUGAGUAGCUCUUAUCUCUGGGUCAUAGGUGAGUAGCGCUAUUACCUGCAUCCGUUAUUCUAUUGUUCUAACAUUCUUGUCGCCAUCUUUGAGACACGUGAACAGGAAAUGGUCCGAAUUCCAGGAAGAAAGGUUUCUCUGUUGACAUUGCCUGGGAUAUGUCCUCACGUGACCUUGUCCUCACGUGACCAUGCCCUCACGUGAACAUGCCCUCACGUGACCAUGCCCUCACGUGACCAUGCCCUCACGUGACCAUGCCCUCACGUGACAAUGCCCUCACGUGACCAUGCCCUCACUGACCAUAUCCUCACGUGGCCAUGUCCUCACGUGACCAUGUCCUCACCUGGCCAUAUUCUCACGUGACCACGUCCUCACGUGACCAUGCCCUCACGUGACCUUGUCCUCGCGUGACACUGAGUUACCCUGCAUACGGUGCCAAGCCGCCGCCACCACCACGUACCCUCCCAGCCUGCAGAGUUUUGUUUUAAAAAUUAUCUAUGUAACUUCUGCUAAUUUUAAAUAAAUUUAAUGACAGUGUAAUGUACACCUGGGGUGGCAAGUGAUGUGCUUCUUCCACUGUAAUGUACACCUGGGGUGGCAAGUGAUGUGCUACUUCCACUGCAAUGUACACCUGGGGCGGCUUUAAGUGGUGUAUUACUUCCACUGCAAUGUACACCUGGGGCGGCUUUAAGUGGUGUAUUACUUCCACUGCAAUGUACACCUGGGGCGGCUUUAAGUGGUGUAUUACUUCCACUGCAAUGUACACCUGGGGCGGCUUUAAGUGGUGUAUUAAUUCCACUGCAAUGUACACCUGGGGCGGCUUUAAGUGGUGUAUUACUUCCAAUGUUGAGUGCAAAUGUACUGCGUGCACCAAAACCACAACCAAGAAAUGACCCUGAAACAGGACAAACCAAAGAUUUAGUGGAUCUUAUGGUCCAGGGUUCGAGACUCAAACACGAUAUACCAGUUGUACUCUUAGCACUUGUUGAUCAACUCUUUUGAUCAAAUAUCUGACUAGAGUAACUGCAGUAAUCUUUAAGGGACAUCUUCUUUAAAAAAAUAUAUCUAGGUACUUUGGCCCUGUUAUUAUUUACAUUUGGAAUCACUACUCAACGUGUCAAAUGCGCACUGCUUUCUCUGAAGUCUCCUGAUUCUAUUUCGAAAGUUUUUGGUAAGAUAACGUUGAAUUAACACAAAACUAAAAGCUCAUGAAAGUCCUGAUAGUGUUUUCAUGGAGGACAAAAGUAGGUCACAGUUUGACUGAUAGCAUCAGGUGAUACAUUCAGCUAGCAACAGGUGAUACAUUCAGCUAGCAUCAGGUGAUACAUUCAGAUAGCAUCAGGGGAUACAUUCAGCUAGCAUCAGGUGAAACAUUCAGCUAGCAUCAGGUGAUACAUUGAGCUAGCAGCAGGCGCCACAUUCAGCUAGCAUCAGAUGAUACAUUCAGGUGAUGUAAGAGGCACUACAGGUUUGUAUAAACUAUCAUUCAGGUAGCCACGGAUGAUGUACCCUUGAACCUUCAAUGAGAAGGGGAAUGUCUUACGGCUGGAUGUGAAAAGCAAAGUGAUUCAUGUACACAGUGACUGCUACAAGUGCACAGUGAUGCUACAUGUACACAGUGACUGCUACAAGCGCACAGUGAUGCUACAUGUACACAGUGACUGCUACAAGUGCACAGUGAUGCUACAUGUACACAGUGACUGCUACAAGCGCACAGUGAUGCUACAUGUACACAGUGACUGCUACAAGCGCACAGUGAUGCUACAUGUACACAGUGACUGCUACAAGUGCACAUUGAUGCUACAUGUACACAGUGACUGCUACAAGCGCACAGUGAUGCUACAUGUACACAGUGACUGCUACAAGCGCACAGUGAUGCUACAUGUACACAGUGACUGCUACAAGUGCACAGUGAUGCAACAUGUACACAGUGACUGCUACAAGCGCACAGUGAUGCUACAUGUACACAGUGACUGCUACAAGCGCACAGUGAUGCUACAUGUACACAGUGACUGCUACAAGUGCACAGUGAUGCUACAUGUACACAGUGACUGCUACAAGCGCACAGUGAUGCUACAUGUACACAGUGACUGCUACAAGCGCACAGUGAUGCUACAUGUACACAGUGACUGCUACAAGCGCACAGUGAUGCUACAUGUACACAGUGACUGCUACAAGCGCACAGUGAUGCUACAUGUACACAGUGACUGCUACAAGCGCACAGUGAUGCUACAUGUACACAGUGACUGCUACAAGCGCACAGUGAUGCUACAUGUACACAGUGACUGCUACAAGCGCACAGUGAUGCUACAUGUACACAGUGACUGCUACAAGCGCACAGUGAUGCUACAUGUACACAGUGACUGCUACAAGCGCACAGUGAUGCUACAUGUACACAGUGACUGCUACAAGCGCACAGUGAUGCUACAUGUACACAGUGACUGCUACAAGCGCACAGUGAUGCUACAUGUACACAGUGACUGCUACAAGUGCACAGUGAUGCUACAUGUACACAGUGACUGCUACAAGCGCACAGUGAUGCUACAUGUACACAGUGACUGCUACAAGCGCACAGUGAUGCUACAUGUACACAGUGACUGCUACAAGCGCACAGUGAUGCUACAUGUACACAGUGACUGCUACAAGCGCACAGUGAUGCUACAUGUACACAGUGACUGCUACAAGCGCACAGUGAUGCUACAUGUACACAGUGACUGCUACAAGCGCACAGUGAUGCUACAUGUACACAGUGACUGCUACAAGCGCACAGUGAUGCUACAUGUACACAGUGACUGCUACAAGCGCACAGUGAUGCUACAUGUACACAGUGACUGCUACAAGUGCACAGUGAUGCUACAUGUACACAGUGACUGCUACAAGUGCACAUUGAUGCUACAUGUACACAGUGACUGCUACAUGUACAGUGAUUGCUACAUGUGCACAGUUAUUGCUACCUGUGCUCAGUUAUUGCUACCUGUGCACAGUGAUUGCUAUAUGUACCCAGUGACUGCUACAUGUACACAGUGAUUGUUACUUGUGCACGUAUAUCCUGACCUUCCUGGUGUAAACAAUUGUAUACCCUGACCUUGCUGGUGUAAACAAUUGUAUACCCUGACUAUCCUAGUGUAAACAAUGGUAUACCCUAACCCUCCUUGUUAAAGGGCAUGUGUGUUACCUCAUAUCCGACCUCAAAUUCCGUUGAAAACUGUGGACUCCAAAUGUGGUUGUUAACUUUGGACGGCCACGAAUAUGGUUGUGAACUUUGGACAGCCACUAAUGUGGCUGUUAACUAUAGGUAGCCCUCAGUGUGGUUCUAGACUGUGUAGCCCCCAUGGGGUUGUUAACUAUGGGUAGCCCCCCAAUAUGGUUGAUAACUAUGGGGAGCCUCAACUAUGUUAGCCCCCAUAUGGUUGUAAACCAUGGGUAGCCCCCAUGCCUCUGGAUAAUUCAAUUUCACUUAUACUGCCAUCAUUUGACCUUUAUACUGCCAUCAUUUGACCUUUAUACUGCCAUCAUUUGACCUUUAUACUGCCAUCAUUUUACCUUUAUACUGCCAUCAUUUGACCUUUACACUGCCAUCAUUUGACCUUUACACUGCUAUCAUUUGACCUCUAUACUGCCAUCAUUUGACCUCUAUACUGCCAUCAUUUGACUUUAAGGACACAUUUCACUUUAGGUAGAUGCGAGUUUAGCAGAACCCUUGAUAUAACGUGUUUCUCUCUCUGCAGGUCCCAUCCCGGGGGCUCUGAGUAAACGCAUUGGGAACCGCGCUGUUGUCGUCAUCGGAAGCCUCGUCAUGUGCCUCGGAUUCUUCAUCAGCUACUUUGCCAUGAGUGUCCACGUCUUGGUUGUGACCAUCGGUAUCAUAGCAGGUAACAUGAUGACUCCUGGUAUCAUAGUGGGUAACAUGACUUUGACUUUUGGCAUCAAAGUAGAUAACAUUAUGACUUUGACUUCUGAUAUCAUAUCGGUUACCUUUAUGACUUUGAAUUUUGGUAUCAUUUAGGUAUUACUUACAUAGUUUUCUUUUUUACACCACAAAAAAUAUGUGCUGUGUGUAUAGAAUCCGUUUAUAUUUUUUCUCAAACUAUAGUCCGGCACCUACAGUGUCUGUUGACGCUGAUCCAGUGCCCCUUUGUUUAAAAAUUAUGAGGACCCCUGACAUAGUACGUUUUAUACAUGAAUUUAAAUUUGUUUAUAAUUGAAAUAUAUAUAAAAUAAACACAGUACAUUAGCUAUAUUUUUUAAAAAACAUGUGUAUGUCAGAGAUCUAUUAAUUGUUGUCCCUUCGUCUCCAGGUACUGGUGCCGGUUGCUGUUAUCUCCCCUCAGUGUCCAUGGUGGCCAUGUAUUUCACCACCAAACGCUCCAUAGCCAUGGGCAUCUCUGCCUCUGGGCUGGGAGCCGGGGCAUUUUUCAUGGCUCCUUUUCUCAACUGGCUUGUUGACUACUACGGCUGGCGUGGCUGCAUGCUCAUACUUGCGGGCAUUUCAUUAAACAUGUGUGUGCUUGGUGCUCUCAUGAGGCCCUUGGAGAAGGCACCUAGGUUCCGUAACUGCAGGAUGAUCAAAGACACAGAUGUGAUCUCAAUCCAGGUGUCUCCGUCCCCGUCAAGGAAAAGUUUCAGCCUGGGGAACUGCGGGAUGUCCGCUGCAAGUCUGGAGAAGUGUGAGGAGAAAUGUGAGGAUGUCUGUAGAGACAGGCAGGUCAACAGCCUGAUCCGAGCCUGCAGGCGGCCAAACACUCACGUCUACAACCCUUUGCCAGCAUCAGACCUUGACCCGGGGGUCAGGCCCGUAGCCUACAACUUCCCCGCCCACCCGGUCGUUGUGCAGCGGUCUGAUGUCCAGUAUAAAAAAAGUGAUAAGGAAGAGCUCGCCCUGACCUCUGACCCCUUCGUGAUCACAAUGAAAACUCAAAGCCUUGAUCGUUACAAGCAAUUAUCCCAGAGCGAAGACACGAAACCCCAGGCUUAUUUUCAUAACCACAACAUUCUAAACCUUGACAGACGUCUUCUUCCUAGUAAACCAAAAGGUGGUAGUUUAGAAAUUCUAAAUUCAUACGAAUUUGCAAGCAUCCAUUCGAAGAAGCCUUUCAAAAGUGAGACAGAACUUAGAUACAAAGAACUUCCUGGUGCCCCUGUGGCCACCAACCACUUACAUUCUUUGACUGACUUGCAACUCAUGUUCUCUAGUAGCUUAGGCAGCUUGGCCUUCAUGGAUGUGGCACUGCUAGGGACAUCUAAAAAUAGUUUGUACACUAGAACCACCGGCGGGAGUCCAUUACCACACAUCGUGCCUGCUUCAAUGACAUCACUCACAAAAGACACAGAUGAUGACGUCAAUGGGGACAAUGGUAAUCAAAGAUUUUGCAAAUAGUUUUUUUUUAAAUGUUAACAGAGCUGACGAUUAAUUUUAAAAUAAUAAAAAAUGUUUCAGUUACCAUAUUUGUAUUUAUUUUUAAAGUCAGGCUACUGGGCAUAUUGUGUUUAAAGUCAAGCUACUGGGCAUAUUGUGUUUAAAGUCAGGCUACUGGGCAUAGUGUGUUUAAAGUCAGACUACUGGGCAUAGUGUAUUUAAAGUCAGACUACUGGGCACAGCGUGUUUAAAGUCAGGCUACUGGGCAUAUUGUAUUUAAAGUCAGGCUACUGGUCACUGUGUGUUUAAAGUCAGGCUACUGGGCACAGUAUGUUUAAAGUUAGGCUACUGGGCACAGUGUGUUUAAAGUCAGGCUACUGGGCAUAGUGUGUUGACAGUUUAGUUGCUGAAAGCAUAUCUGUAUUUCAGCCAAUCACAAACUGAUAUAAUAGCAAGAUGCAUUGUGAAGCAUUUUUUAGUUUAUUUAAAAAAAAAAAUUGUUUAUUGUAGCUUCAAAUUGUAACUUAAAUAAUAAGAAUUAAAACUACAGUUGCCAUUGAUAGAACUGCUUCCAUGUUCCAAGAAAUCGAAAAUUAAAAGUAAAAGGUAAAUGUUACUUUUUUUCAUUUCAAAUUUCAGAACACAUACUUCUUUAUUCCCUUUAAGUAUUUCUUUUACACUAACAUUCCAUGGCUUCAAAAACAUUAGUAGUAGUAUUUAUUUUAAUUAUAAGACCUACUUUUCUAAUGCACUCUUUAUUGACCUACUUGAAAAUUUUAUUAUCGGAUUAUAAAAACUUAAAUUGUUGUUUUAUAGAUAUUCAACGGCAGUCAUAUUGUUCCAAGUUGGUGGCUUCCCUUGAAACGUACCUUCGACUUCUCCACAACCCAACAUUUCUUUUGUUUGGCAUCAGCAAUUUCUUGACCAACUUGUCUUUCUUCAUGCCCGUCCUUUACAUGGUAGACAGAGCACUGGACAGUGGGUCAGUAUAAUGUUGCCAAGAAAAUACUUUGGAUUGUUUUUAAUUUCUUGUGUCUGUAAUUUUGAUGUAAAUUUACAAAGAAUGGAUUUGUGUCCCUUUGUGUGUACAUGAUUUUUAUACAAUACCACUACACAAAUACAAUGCCAUUACAAUACCACUACACAAAUACAAUGCCAUUAAAAUACCAUUACAACACAAGUAAAACACAACAAAAUGCCAUUACAGUACCACUACAAAAAUACAAUGCCAUUACAAAAAUACAAUGCCAUUACAAUACCACUACAAUACUAUGCCAGUACAAUACCACUACAAUACAAUGCCAUUAGAAUAUCAUUAGAUCCCAAUUACAAUACAACACAAUGCCAUUACAAUACCACUACAAUAAAAUGCUAUUACAAAAUCAUUACAGCACAAUUACAAUACAUUACAAUGCCAUUAUGAUACCAUAAAAAUACAAUUAUAUUAUAAUUAGAUUGCUAUUUUUAAAAAAAUGAAAAGUAAUAAAAAGUUUUUUUGGGGAGAAAUUAUCUUUUAAAAUGCACGGACUACCAGAAAACUCCUGCGAAGGUUUUUAGCAGAAGAAGCAAACUAAACGAAGAUGGUAAACAACCUGAUUGUAAUUGAUGUCAGAAGUGAGACAAGAGUGAUAAGAGAAGACUGAUAAAAGAUUGAUAAAAGAUUGAUGAAAAGAGACAAACAAAUUCUUUCAGUGGUUCUUUCAGACUUGUUUACUCUUACGAUUUUGGCGUACAAUGUACGAUUUUGAGGUGUUAACAUUAUAUAUACUGUAUGUUUAUUUUUUACUAUAAAUCUAAGGUAUUGAACGAUUUUGUGAUGAUAUUGUACGAUUUUAAGAGUUUGAGGGUAAACAGGUCUGCUCUUUCCAAUAAAAUGGUUGAAUUGAUGAUUUGAAAAAAAAAUGAUAGCAUAUUUUAUCAAGCUUUGAUAAUUUGUUUUUUCAGAAUAAAGAAAGAUGAGGCGGCCAUGUUGAUAUCGCUGUAUGGAGCAGGAAACAUCUUUGGGAAACUGUUCUUUGGUUGGCUAGCGGACAGGGGGCUGGUGGACAGGCUCUUCUAUUACAUUGCAUGUCUGACUGUCUGCGGCGUGUCCACGUGUGUCAGCCCCGCGUGUGGUUCUAGCCAUGAGCUCCACAGUGUCUACGCCUUUGUCUUUGGCUGUUUUAUUGGUAAGAAAUUGCUUUUUAUUCAGACUGUAGGCUAUAAAUAAAAUCUGGCCAUCCUGCAGCUUUCUAUGUGACCUCUGACCUAAGAAUGGAUUUUUACUUUUUAUGAGUCUUUAAAAUUUAAGAAAAGGAUUCCAUGUAGUCCUAAUAUUACUUUGUAGUCCUAUUACUUUGUCGUCCUACUAUUACUUUGUAGUACUACUAUUGCAUUUCAUUACGGUGACAUCACAUACUUAUAAUUGAGGAAUGCGUAUUUAAACUCUACUGUCUAACAUACAGUUAAAACACCUAUCCCAUUGGUGACAAAAAUUAAUUUUUAGCAUCUGACUAAUACAGGCUUUAAAAAUACAUAAUGACAUGACAUACAUAAUUGCAUGAGAUACAUUAUUACAUGAAAGACAUAAUUUCAUGAUGUAUGUAAUUGUAUGUCAUCUUGCCAUUUUUGUAUGUUCGAGACCAAAGGGGGACAACCACCACCACUUUAUGUAUUUUUUUUUGUUAUAACUAAUCUCAAAGCCAUUUUAAACCACCUGCCUCCAGGAAAUGACUCCCGUCUUCAUGUGAAAAAGUCUUCCAAUUUGUUGCAAGUCAUUGUAAUUGCUAGGCACAACUUGCUGUGUGAGGAAGAUUAUUGCAAAUUGUACCAUGAGGUACAUGUCCCGUACCAUGAGGUACAUGUCCCGUACCAUGAGGUACAUGUCCCGUACCAUGAGGUACAUGUCCCGUACUAUGAGGUACAUGUCCCUAACCAUGAGGUACAUGUCCCGUACCAUGGGGUACAUGUCCCGUACCAUGAGGUACAUGUCCCUAUUUGACCCUUAACUCUUUUGCUGCGGAUUAAAAAAAAAAAUGUCCAAAUUUUUCAAAGAGCAAAUAAAAGUGAGAGGUUGGGUUUAUGAAAAAAAUAUUCAAAAUAUUAUUUUUUGGUUUGUAAGACUAAACUUGGCAUCAAAUGAAAGAUAGAUCUAAUUGAAUGGGCUGUCUGUUUGUAAACUUAUUUCUUCAGCUAAAUAAAAUAAGUUACAGAAAAGAAAUAUAGAAUGUGAAAACAUUGUCUGCUAAACCAUUUUCCCCCAAAAACCUAUGUUGUACGCAUUCCUCAUCUUCACUUCUAUAACUCAAAUCCUCUAAAACUACUACUAUCGGAAUCAUCCGAUGGAUCUAAAUAUAAAUCAUCUUCACUAUCAAAAGAAAUAGUAUAAAACAAUUCCAAAGGUUUUUGAGCUUGUGCCGCAGCGAAAGUGUGCCACAGCGAAAGUGUGCUGCAGCCAAAGUAUGCCGCAGCCAAAGUAUGCCGCAGCCAAAGUAUGCCGCAGCCAAAGUAUACGGCAGCCAAAGUGUGCCGCAGCUUAAGUGUAAUUAUGGACAUCCAAGAAAAAAUUAUUAAUCCUCUUACUUUCACUCACUUAAAUGUUUCCCUAAACAAACCAAAAAAAAACUUUGUGACCAUUGUGUCUGACCCCUGUGUUAGCACAUUCACCAUUUUUUUCAUUGGUGAUAAAAUUCAAAUAUUUUUGGUCUCAGGAUAUUUCUCAUAAGUUGAGUUACACUUUUUUUAACCAGUGAUCAAUAUUUUACUAGCUGUUUCUGUCACAAAUUUAUCCAUGGCGUCAGUGGUCAGUAUUUUACUAGUUGAUUCUGUCACAAAUGUAUCCAUUGACCAGGAUUCACCUGUGGAAAUUUUAAUCUGUCGCAAAAAAUAUUUCAAGCAAAAUUUAUUUACACACUUUAAAAAAAACCAUGAAUAUUUCUUUGAGAAAUCGAAAUUUUUUAAAGUGAACAAAAGAACUACUUAUUGAGGUUUGAAAAUUGAGGAGUUCUCACUCUGCCAAUAAUUAAUUAUUCAAAUUUAUUUUUGUCAUCAAUAAACAUUAAAAAAAACUGUCAAUAAAUGUUUCUGAUUAAUUUAAAUUAUAAUUAAAUUUUAAUUAUUUAAAAAAUUUUCAGGAGCCUAUGUGACCUUAGUACCUAUUGUAACAGUCGAUUUAAUGGGCCUUUCUGUGGUGGCUGAAGCUUUUGGACUGCUGCUAAGCUUCAUGGGUAUCGCCACAGCUUUUGGUACUCCAGUAGCUGGUAGGUGGUGAUGUUUUUAUACAAACUUAUUUACAGUCUUUACAUCUUCUUUUAGUUUUUAAAGUCUCAUUUUGUUAUAGUUUUUAUAGUCUCAUAAUCUUACAGUUUUCAUAGUCUCAUAAUCUUAUAGUUUUUAUAAUCUCAUCAUACAGUUUUCAUAGUCUCAUAAUCUUAUAUUCUUUGUAGUGCAAAAAUAGAAUUUCAAUGGCUGAUCUACUCUAUUUAAACAAUGACCAAUGUCGAAUACAAAAAAAACAUUUUUAACGGCCCUGGCUCGACAUUGAUGUCAUUAUUAUAUUUGGCAUUUAUUCCCUUUACCAGGUUGGAUAUUUGACUGGACUGGUAGCUACACAGCAUCUUUCAUCCUGCACGGAGUUUUUAUUCUGGUCAGUGCCUUCAUGCUUAUUCCGCUUUUGGUGCUGAAACGAUCUCAGAACAAGCCUCAGUAGACAGCUGGGAAUUAUUGUUGUGUCAAGGGCCUCCUUACCAGAUGAUGCAUUUUAUCCAACACUAUGAGGACCUAUGCACAUUUGUCUUUUCAUAGCACACACAAUUCUCUUUUCAUAGCAAACACAGUUCUCUUUUCAUAGCACACACAAUAGUCUUUUCAUACCAUAAACAUUUGUCUCUUCACAGCACACACAUUUGUCUCUUCAUAGCACACUCAUUUGUUUUGUUAUUUUCUCUGGCUACCUCAUUUCACCCAAUUAUUUCAACUAUUCAAUUAAAGUUUAAAAAAGAAAACAUUUCUAGCUAAGCAAAGCACAAAAUAAUUGUUGUUCAUUGCUUAAGACUUUAAAAAAGAGAAUGAGACUCCCAUAUAAUGGGUAAUACUGAUAUAAUGGAUAAUACUGAUAUAAUGGAUAAUUCUAUAUAUAUAUAUAUAAGACUACAAGUCUCCAAACCGAUAUAAAUGACUGCCUUAGACAAUGUACACCAGAUAUUUGCAAUACCUUCAAAAACAACUUUCACAGAUCAUGCCACCACCACACAUUUACAGAUCAUGCCACUACCACACAUUUACAGAUCAUGCCACUACCACACAUUUACAGAUCAUGUCACUACCACACAUUCACAGAUCAUGCCACUACAACUAUUUUUCAGCUUCCGUUUCAAGCCAGGAGCAAAUUGAGCCAAAAUAUUGUGUCUGGGCAGGAUAAAAAUCUCUGUUGUGGAUUUUAUAGGCAUGCCCAUCUGCAGCUACGCCUACUUAUGUUAAAGGCAACUGUCAGCUAAGCCUACUUAUGUUAGAGGCAACUGUCAGCUGCAAGCUCUUUUGAAAAAUAUAUGCGGGCAUGUAAUGAAUUAACAUAAUUAUACAUAUUAAAGUGAUAGAACUUGAGUGACCUCCAUGUUGGUCAACUAUCACUGAUGAAUAUCGUACACUUUUGAUCCACAUGUUAUUUCCUGUGUGCCAUAUUGUAAAUAAACACAAACUAUAUUUAUACAUGUAUAUGCACAGUUCAAGACUUUGUUGAUGUUUACUGGAUAACCAGGUUAAAUCAAGUCAUCCUCUUUGGAUGGCUUAUUUUGUUGUACACAACGCUGAUAUAUUUUGUUGUAGCUUAGCAUUUCCUUCUUUAAUUAUAAUAAAUUAAAUUUAUGUUGUUUUUUUAGAAAUCUUUAAAUUUAUGUAACAUUCAUUUAAUGUUUAUGUAAUAUUUAUGUAAUGGGAUGUAAGUAUGAUGCUUGAAAAAAUGAAAUUGUUGUGUCAAGAGUUGGUGUUUUUAAAUUUCUUGCGUGUUUGUACGUCACAUAUUCAUUGAGAAUUAUGUGCAAGAUUGCAGCCACUAAAAUUUGUAGCACUCUUACAUAACACUUAUUAGCACAUCUUAUGUGGUUGAUAUUAUGUGAGCUUUUCUGAGUUUUAAAGAAAAAACAUAUAAAAAUUGUUUAACAGUGGCCUCCCGCCCUUCAGGUUUGGAAUCUCUGGGUUACUUAAAGAACAAAUAUAAUGAAAGAGUGACCCCUGAACCUGAACAGUUGGAGACAGUGUCAGAGAGAGUGCAGAAAUAGAACAACAUCUUGAAUAUUGAAGAACUGGUGAUUGAACGAUUUUGCAAUGGUGAUGGAAGGAUGAUUGAUUGAUUGUGUAUGGUGAUUGAUAGAUCUUGCAAUGGUGAUUGAUUGUGUAAUUUUGAUGUAUUGAUUGUGUAAUGGUGAUUGAUUAUGCAAUGAUUGAUUGAUUUAUUGAGAAAUGAUGAUGGCUUGAUUGUGUAAUGGUGAUUGAUUGAUUGUAUUAUGGUAAUUAAUUGAUUGUGUAAUGCUGAUUGACUGAUUGUGUUAUGGUAAUUAAUUGAUUGUGUAAUGCUGAUUGAAUGAUUGUGUAAUGGCAAUUGAAUGAUUGUGUUAUGGUGAUUGAUUAUGUAAUGGUGAUUGAUUGAUUGUGUAAUGGUGCUGUGCAACAAUUGAAGCUUUAUUUAAACUUUAUGCAUAAAAUGAAAUAAACAGCUAUUUUACCA